AUGGAGGAGGACCGGAGUCACAUGACUGAGGGCAUACUAGAGUUCACCCUGGAGAUCAUCUACCUGCUGACCGGAGAGAGUUUUCCUCUUCUGAAGUCUGGUGAUCAUGUGACCAUCGCAGCACCCCCAUACAAGCCGUUUUCCUGCACCGAGUGCGGGAAAAGUUAUCUACGAAAAUUGCAUCUAGUCAGACAUCAAAGAUCUCACACUGGGCUGAAGCCUUACUUCUGCUCCGAGUGCGGGAAAAGUUUCAAAGAGAAGUCCCACCUUCAAACUCACCUGAAAACUCACACUAGCGAGAAGCCGUAUUGCUGUGCCGAGUGUGGGAAAUGCUUCAAAGAGAAGUACCAUCUUAACGGCCAUUUGAAAAUUCACAAGGGCGUGAAGUCGUUCGCCUGCCUUGAGUGCGGGAAAGUUUUUUUGACGCAGGCCCAUCUUAACAGGCAUCAUAAGGUGCACACGCAGGAGAGACCGUAUGCCUGCCCUGAGUGCGGGAAAUGUUUUACACGGAAAUCUCAUGUUUCCAGACAUCAGAGGUCCCACACAACCCCUGAGGAGCCGUAG